AGUGGGCAUGGCGGAAGUGUACCCCAUGUGGAUUAUAGUUCGUAAGGAAGCGAUGCGGAUGUACUAAGAAGUAUCGAGAUGCUGUCCCGUCCUAAACCUGGAGAGUCCGAGGAGGAUCUCUUGAACUUCCAGAGCCAGUUUCUAGCUGCAGGCGCUUCUGCAGCAGCCAAGGUUGUCAGAAAAGCUGAUAAGAGGAAGGGAACCACAGAGCAUACGGUCACCCCAGGCCAAGAGGCAGACCAAGGAAGAGAUGUUGUAACACUACCGGAAUUCCCUGAUUUGCCUCCUAUUUUGACCCCGGGACCAACCAAGAAAUCUAAGUUUGCAGGCCAGAGAGUCCAUUUUGCAGAUGAAGACCCAGAGGACUUAUUGGACCAGCAUGAUGAUCACAUCACGGCAGUUUUCACAAAAAUCAUUGAACGAGACACCAGUAGUGCCGUUAUCACGGCUCCAAUGCCUACUGGAGAGGCCUUUCCUCAGGUUUUUCACCGAUCUGUGAUCCCCAGUGAGGAUAUGCAGAGUCCUGGGAAAAUAAGUAUAUUUGCACAGAAAAUGGCUGCGAAGAAGGCAGCAGAAGCAGCAAAACCAACUUCUGUCCCCACAACAGAUCCCCAAAGAUUUCCUUUAUCCAGUGUUAGAAAUCCCCAGCUGGAUGAUGAAGUCAGCCCAUCCAAACCCACUGGCGAAUUGAACAUAGACAAGCCCCGCCUCAUCACAGGUGAGGGUCUCCAAAGUUCUUCUGGACAUGAAGAAGCCCAGAGGAUACAUCAAGAAAAUUUAGAAAAGCUGAAGGCCUUGUCUCAGCAGGAUGUAAUACAGGAACAAGGGAGGCUGCUUUCACAGCUUGACCCCAAGUUGAUUGCUUUUUUGAAGUCCAAGAAGGAAGGUAAAGCCACGCAGGACAGAAAAUCCCUUCAUGGUGUACAUGUGAAGCCCCGCGCUGUCCAGCCAGAGAGACCACAACCUUCAUCUGCUGCAUCUGGCCUGGCUCCAAGAACGGAUGCAGAAAAACAAAGCCCGGUGUCAGUGGAUGAUCUCCCAGUCAAGCCUCAGAAGCAAUGGGUUAAUAUGGGUGUUGUGGAGUUUGAGAAGCUGGAGUGGAUGAAGGAUCUUCCCCAACUGAGGCAGAAGAAAACAGAAAAGGGAAUGCAAGCAAGGUUCAGUUUAAAGGGAGAACUGAUCCCUCCAAACUCUGAAAUUCCCACUCACAUGGGCCUACACCACCAUGGAGAAGAAGCCGAGAGAGCCGGCUACUCCCUGCAGGAGCUCUUUCAUCUCACCCGCAGUCAGUUCAUCCAGCAAAGGACGCUGUCUCUGCAGGUCUUGGGACGCAUUGUUCACAAAGCUAAACAGGGAGAUUUCGCCUCCACCCUGGAGGGGAGCGUUCUGCGAUUACUGCUGGACGCCGGCUUCCUGUUCUUGCUGCGUUUUUCCAUCGACGAUGCUACAGAGAACGUCAUUGCCGCCUCGGUUCGCACUUUACAUUUUCUUUUGGUGUCCCCGGAAGAUGAGGAAUACCUAGACAUGACCUUUUCAUGGUAUCAAGGAACUAAAACCUUCCCUUUCCUACCAAAUCAAGAAGAAGAGGAUGACUAUGAUGACGAUGAAGAUGAAGUAGCGGAAGGUAAAAGAACUGGAAAAGAACACCUCAAACAGUCUAAAGAAGAAAAGAAGUCGGAUGCUGACAUUGCCCGUUAUGAUGCUAUAAAGGGUCUUCUGAAGACAAAGCUGCUUCACCGCCUCAGGUACAUAUUGGAAGUUGUGCGUCCAGAUCCUUCUGUAGUUCUGGAUAUUUUGGCUAUUCUUACCCGUGUGGCCAGACACUCUGCCGCAGCUUGCAGUCAGCUUCUGGAUUGUCCACGGCUGAUAGAGACCAUAGUAAAAGAGUUUCUGCCUAUACAAUGGAGUGCGCAAAUGGAAACAGGUGACCCUCAACCUCCUAGCCUGCAUGACGUUCCUUGUUCUGCUGCCAUGAAGUUCCUGAGGGUGGUGGCGUCUUCUGGCCGUCAUGCCGCAGCAAGACUUCUAAACACAUUUGACUUGAAGAGCCGCCUUUGCCGAUUUGUGGCCCAGGAACCCCAAGACCUUCCUCUGCCGAGAGAGGAAGCUGAGAGGCUGAACACGGAGACCUUUCGGCUGUGGGCUGUGGCUGCAGGCUACGGUCAGGCCUGUGACCUGUACAGGGAGCUGUAUCCGGUCCUUGUGAGGAUCCUACAGGCCCUGCCCCACCUUAUCGCCUCCUCGAGGACAAAGGACUCCUUACCCCGGCUCUCAGUUCAGCGGGCCGCGGCUGUUGUUGUCUUGCUCACCCAUGUGACUCAAACAGCAGGUUGUACGGCGGAACUGGAAGCCCAGCUUCACAGUGCUCCAGAAGACUCGGGCCAACAAAUCCCUCCUCCACCUGUAUCAUGGGCUCAUGUGACCGGACUCCUACCUUUGGUGGAAGAAAGCCUAAGGAGGGUUCUACAAGAGAUUUCCAACCCAAGUUCCUGGGAUGCUCUGCAACCUCUCACUACGGCAUCCAUCAACUUUGUAGCAUCCUUCUACCAGGCUGCCAGUCGGCAGCCUUCCCUGAAUACUGUUACAUGUAAUGAAGAAAUAGAAAGAUUGGCUGCUGAUAUUUUUCUUCCAUUCCUGCAUCAUCCAACGACACAGUCAAUGUGGGACCUUCUCAGAUCUUGCUCUGUGGUCUGUAACCCUCUUUCCUGUUCACCUCUGCCUGAGUCUGUCCCCAGCAUUGUGACAUUGAGUUGCACAGGUGAUAAACCCCCUUUAAGCCUUGCUGGGAAGAAAUCCCCGUUCUCCAUCUUGACCUCUGUCUUGAACCUUAUCUGCAGAAUCACCAAAAUCCAUAAAGGGCUGGUUAACAAGUUCUGCUUUGUUCUGGAUCACAAAGGGCUGCAGGAUUAUCUGCAAACUAUUUCUAAUGCUCCAACUCCACACGUGACUCCUGCUUCCAGUUGGCUUCUUCGUCAUGAAUAUCACCUACAAUAUUUUGUGUUAUCUUUGCUGUAUAAAGUGAAUGCAGUAUGUCCUGGUCUUUCCCAGCAUGCCUCACUCUGUCACUCCGUCUCUCUGGCCCUGCUGGGCAGUCUAUUACCGGGCAGCGAAAAUUUGGCUCAUAAACUCCUUUCUGUGUUUGCUUUCAACUCUGCCUUUAUUCCAGAAGGGAAGGAAGGAGGGCCAGAAGCAGCUGACUUAUCUGACAUCUUACAUAUCACCGCUGAAACAAAACCAACAGCCCCUGUGUCUGCCGCUGUGAUUUCUGCUACUCCCAGCCGAGGUGUGCUCCUUGAAGAUGCUUUCAGAUGCCUGCCUUCUAUCAGAGCUUGCUAUCUGGCUCACUUUUCCUAUAUGAAUCAAGCCCUCUGUAACUCUCAGUUUAUCUAUCAAGAGAGGACGUGUUUUAUCCAAUCUGCUAUGCUAGCUGAAGCCAGGGGUCCCAUAUUACCUUCUGACUGGCCAUUCCUCCCUUUAAUCAACCUCUACAACAAAGUGACUAAUGCAGAGACAAAGGGGAACAUAGUGAAUACCCUUCCACCGGAUCUGGUGAAUACAGUCACCAGAAAUUUGCAGUGGAUACUUCUUUUAGAGACGUGGAGACCUGGAAUAUUGCAGAACAUCCCUACGGCUGCUAAGUUGGUCCGUCUUGCCUGCGUCUUCCUUACAGGAGGUGACCUCUUCUUAGAGGCCCCUGUCCAUUCAUACACCGCGGCCUUACUGGUUCAUUACUGUCAACCAAAGGGUCUGGAAUCGCUAGUACUUGACGUUCCUCUGCCUGGUCUGGCUUCAUUUUAUGAUUUCUACAUGGACCUGUUGGACCAGUUCGAGGGGGUUUCAUUUGGUGACUCCUUGUUUGGAACAUUUGUGCUUCUUCCUCUGCUGAGACGCUUUGAUGUAAAAAUGAAGCAGGCUGUUUUCGGGGAGCGUGUAAGCAGUUUGCGGUCUCUCUCUGUGUCCUUAAAAGAGUUUCCAAUUCCUCUGGCCCUGUACACUUCUCCUCCUGAAGAUAACUUGGAUCUUUUGCGACUCUACUUCAGGACCUUGGUGACAGGAGCUUUGUGCCAAGGCCGGUGCCCCAUUCUCUAUGCAGUUGCCAUCGCUCACGUCAAUAGCUUCAUCUUUUCGCAAGACCACGUGACUCAGGAUGUAGACGCUGCACGUAAAAGCAUGCUCAGAAAGGCUUAUUUGCUUGUUGAUGAGGAACUGAAGAAGCAUCUCCUGUACUAUAAACAGACAUCUAGUGACAGCGAGGUUGGCUUUGAACUGUAUGACCAGCUACCACCUAUUAGACUGAAAUACCUGAAGAUGGUGAUAGAGCCGCAGCAGAAACCAAAAUAAGCAAUUUAAUACUGGACCACCAGUAUUUAAUACUGGAGCACUUUGACACUUAAACAUAGCCUUUGCAGAUCAUGUUGAACAAGUAACAGUAUACCUUUCAAAGUCAAUUACCUUAAACUCCAGUGUGUAACAAUCCUAAAGAUCCUUACAAAUAUUCCUUUGUGGCUCAUACUGAACUUCAGUAAUUCAGAAUAGCUCAUUUUCAUAUGGAACUGAUUGUGACUGUCAUUUUAAAUACUUUCUGAUAAUCUUUACACUUAUGUCCAAUUUGAGAAACAUAAUAUUGUUAUCUCUCCAAACAGUGCAAAGGCAGUAGAUUCCUUAUGUUUGGCCUGUUCUUAGAUGUUCAGGCCCAGAGUUGCCUCUGUGUUAUAGUGUUAUAUCCAUCAAGAAUAGUUUCCAAGCCUGUUAUAUGUCAAACAUCACCAUAACAUGCAUAUUUUUCUGUAUAUGUCUUAAAACUUUACAUACCCACAUGUUGAUGGAAACAAACUUCCUAUAAAAAUGUAUUUUCUGCCUAGUAAUUUUCUUUGUUAAUGUAAAAAUAAUUGAAAUUAAAAUCUAAUAAAACAAAGGUUUACUUUGCAA